AGGACAUCGAUGGAGAAUUGCGUGAUGGUGAACAUCAAUUAGUUUUUGGAGUUAAUUCAGUGAGCUCUGACCUCCUGCAGCGUUUUCUUACAGAGUCCGGCAACGAAUUUUCGCUCAAUUCCCCGUUCACCUCUCUUGGAGACCGCAAAAGUUUUUAAAAAGUUCUCGCUGCGAUGGAAAUGCAGCUUCCACCUCACGAGGGAGACGAGCUCUCAGUGGUGGACAUGCACACGGGUGGAGAGCCUUUACGGGUUGUCCUCAGCGGCUACCCGGAGGUCAAAGGUGACAGCCUGCUGUCCAAACGGCGCUACGUCCGGGAGCAUCUGGACCACCUCAGGAGGCUGCUGAUGUACGAGCCGCGGGGACACUAUGACAUGUACGGGGCGCUGAUUGUGGACAGCGAGAUGCCUGAGGCCGAUCUGGGGGUGCUGUUCAUGCACAACGAGGGGUACAGCACCAUGUGCGGACACGCCGUCAUUGCACUGGGACGCCUCGCCGUGGACUACAAACUGGUGAAAGAGCCACAGUCACCAGAGACCCAAGUGAACAUACACUGUCCCUGCGGUCUGGUGAAGGUGUUUGUUGAGUACUCUGAUGGUGUAACAGGAGGAGUGAGGUUUCUCAGUGUGCCGGCGUUUGCGUUUGCUACAGAUGUGAUGGUGACAGUGGAAGGGUAUGGUGACGUGACGGUCGACAUCAGCUACGGAGGAGCCUUCUACGCCUUUGUGGACGCCCGGAGGUUUGGCUUGGAUGUGACCAAGUCCACGACUCGAGAUCUGGUGGACGCAGCCACGGCGGUGACCAAGGCUGUCAAAUCUCAGGUGAAGUUGCACCAUCCAACCAGUGAUGAUCUGGCCUUUCUCUAUGGCACCAUCCUCACCGAUGGCAAAGAUAGUUAUUCCUCUGAUGCCACUGCCAACAUCUGUGUGUUCGCUGAUGCUCAGGUGGACCGAAGCCCCACUGGUUCUGGCGUUACAGCACGAGUGGCUCUCCAGCAUCACAAGGGUCUCAUCCAGCUGAACCAGACCAGGAUGUUUCAGAGUGGAGCCACCGGAUCCCAGUUCACUGGGAAAGCUGUCGAGGAGACCAAGUGUGGAGACUUCAAGGCUGUCGUGGUGGAAGUCGCCGGCAGAGCUUUCUAUACCGGAGUUUCACACUUCGUGCAGGAGCCAGAUGACAAGCUGACACACGGUUUUCUUCUGAAGUGAGCCUCAAUUACAUUUUGUUUUGAAACAUGGUUAUACGUAAAAUAGCACUCCAAGAUAUUGGAUCCAUAAGCCGUGUUCUUUGUAAGAGUUAAUUAUGGCCUGAUUUAACCUGACCAGUAAAUGAAGAAAUAAUGUUUUAAUUUCACUGUGGGUGGAAUUAUCCACCAUUCAUGAGGACUAACCUGGUUUAAGAAAUAGAUUAAUUAUGAUGUCAACUAUGCAUUAGCAAAGUAAAUAGUAAAGCAAAUAAUGUGAUUUCCUUUUUUCAUUUCGUUUUCAUUGAGUUUAAAGAGCUGUUAAAAAUCGAUUUGCUGACUUCACAUUAGAGUGCAAACAUUUGCAGAUUGUAACAUCAGAACUUGGUACAUGUAAGAGAGUCAGGGGGAGCGGGUAUUCUGUACAGUAGCAAAUGCUGACCACUAGAUGGCACUAUGAGCCUGGCUGCUAUCAGGGCCAUUGAAGUUAAAAGCUAAACAGAAACGGAUUCUUCCUUCAUUUCUCUGUCCACUGGUGCAAAUAAACUAGU